CUUGUAGUAGUAAAAAUAAAUCGAAGGAGCCGUGUUUCGGAAUUUCAUCUUUACUAACCGCAUUUUGCAGUUUUAUCCAGCACUGUAUCAUGUCUCAACCGGCCUAUGCAACAGCGACGUGUGAGAGAUUAUUCCUUAUCUUAUCUUUUAUUAUCCAGUUACGAUACGAUUCAGCUCGCUGUAGGUCGCGCCAGGAUUUUUGAUAUAAUCAUGGCUAUUUCUUUGCCACUUUGUUUGCCCGCAAACUUGAAAAGUAUGCAACCGUAUCUGGAUAUGGCCACUGAUUAUGAAUCCAAGGAUCCGUGCAUUAGUUACUGGUGCCGACUGUAUGUUCUAAAACAAGGAUUUAUCCUGAAAAGAGUAGAAGAUGAUCUCUCAUUUUUGCUCGUUUUGAUGGAAGUUUUGGGAAAGAACAAACAAAAUUUGCAAUCUAAAAUAGAGGCUACUGAUAUACCUGUUGCUCGAGCUCACCUUGAAGGUGUGGUACAGAAUUUGUUAAGCUGGGCAGAAAAUGUGCCGCCUUUGGAAUCACUAACAAAUGUUGUUCCUAAGGCAAUCGAGUCUGCUGGAAUGCUGCUGGAUGUAUGCUCUAUAUUUGGAGAGCCAAGUGAAGGGAAAUUUGAGAAAAAAAAGUUUACCGACUCACAUCAAGCAAAUUUUCACAGGGAAUUCCAAUCACAGUCGACAACAAAAAAAUCAAACAUUCAGUACCAAGAUUUCGGAAAGUUAUCUGAAGAUCCCAAAGAUCGUAACGUUUGGAAACCCAAGCACGCUUCAAAAUCGAAGGAAGAGGAAGGAAAUUUGGAUAAAACCGUCAUUGAGACAAUGCUUAUGACCGUACGAGGAUACUUGAAUAAAUGGACUCCGAACCCGAACUUUUACAUCGAUUUUCAGCACAGUCUGGAGAAGUAUUUGAGAGACGCGACCCAAUUGACUACAGAUGACGUCUGUAGCUGGAUUCAGAAACAAUAUGUUGGUGAAGUGAAUCCCGCUUUCAUUCGUACCUUGGUCACCGCAGUAACCGAGAGUUCUAUUGAAGGACGUGGUACAGACAGUAAACUGAACUGCACUGUUUUGAAAAAUCGGACGGAGGUGUUGAGGCGGUACGUUGACAACAUUGCUGAUCGUGAGCUUCAACUGCUUUACGCAGUUCAGACUUUAGUUACCCAGCGACAACACCCCAAAGGUUUAAUUCAAGGCAUCUUCGAGACCCUCUAUGACAGUAACGUCGUUUCUGAAGAGGGCUUUGAGUCGUGGGUGUCUGCCGACGAUCCUUUGGAACGUGAAGGCAAAGCUGUGGCACUCAAGAUGAUCACAUCUUUUCUGACGUGGCUGAAGGAUGCUGACCCUGAAAGCGAUCAAGAGGCGGAUGAUUUUUGGGACAUUUCCGGAGAACUCCAAAAUAAUGAGACGAAGAAGAAUUUGACAUCUACUGCAAUGGAUGAGGGGGAAAAGCUGACGACACAGUCACCAAAAAAUGCCAUUGAACCAGAAAGGAGAAAGAUCUAUGACCGGCUCUUCCUUUUAGAACUACGAAACCAUCCAUUGUCACUGAAAAGACCGGAAGGUCUGCCCAGUUUGGAAAUUGUUCGAAAUAAGUUUUUUGGUCGUCAGAUACGUACGGGAAAUCAGCACAUGCCUAGACCCCCUAUGGCAGGAGGUACCAUUAAUCCGAAUCGCCCACCUAAUGCUCCUCAGGCCUUACCUUACCCUGGGAUGAAUAAACCCUUACUUUUCGUCAUUGGAGAUCAAUUCAGCAAGCAAUCGCCCUAUUUAUCGUACCCGGCGAAUCCUCCAGCGUCUUAUCCGCAAUCAGGGAACCUGCCUACCGGAAAUGUGUCGUUCCAGCAACCGCGAGCAGCUCAGCAAACGUAUGGUUACAGACAGACGCCCCCAUACCCGACUUUUCCUAUGCAGAGUACUCCAGCUGUCUUUUACCAGCAACAGCAGCCUCAACCCCAGCAACCUCAACAACAACAACAACCCCAACAGCCUCAGCAAGUCCCUGUCACUACACCAACGAAGGCACAACCGCGUGAAAGUUCUGGAUCAUCACGGAGGGCAAGGUCAAGUGCCUUGCGUCUUGUUGACCCCAAUACUAAUAGGGACGUCUUAACCGGUGAGGAAGUGUUGGUCAGUACGUCAGUUGUGGUUACUCCAACCACUUCUACGCCUCCUGAAUUAGUUUUCUCGCCAAAAUAAAAUGCUGUUAUUUUGACUACCUGUUUGUUACCAAUAAUAUAACUUAUCCUUAAUUACUCAAGCAACAACAUCCUUAAAAUUACAUCAUCGCUCGGAGGCACUUUGAUACACAUUUAUAUGUAGCGUUUU